CUAAAAGCACUGAAGGGGUUAAUUACUUCAUGCCCUCUUGCACGCAGGCACCCACACACACACUGCUGCCACGAGCCUCCUCAGCAAAGAGCCACUGCAAGUCAGGAUGCCUGUUUCUCCACCGAAAUAAAUCCUUCCGCAUCUGCAGAGCGUUAAUUAAACCUAAGGAACGCCAGAACCCGUAAGGAGAUCAGGUGAAUAGAGAGGCCAGUGUUUCCUCAAUGUUAUUUGGGGUUCCCAUCCAAGCAAAGGAACCGUUUGCUUGGAUGGGACCGUUUGCUUCCUCACCCAGGAACCGUUACCACGGCAUGAGGCUGCAGUACAAGGUGGGGCUGGAUCGCUAGAUAUUGAUUUGACUGAUUAUGACACGUUUGAAUUUGCCAGUAAAUCAUGUUAUUUAGGGCGAAUGUUAUGCUAUCUCCAACAAUGCCAAAACUUUUACAGUGUUUAAAUUUCACACGUGCUGUAUACUCACUCCUACGCAGGGCCCAAAACCUAUUUGAAAAAUGAAAAUGAAAACAUGGUUGUUAUCCACAUUUUGAAGCCUUCUUAUAAACAUGAAAAAUUAAGGUAAUCUAUGCAGCUCACACUUGCAUCCAUAUGAUAACAGAACUAUGCUCUUAUUAUAGGCAGACCAUCAUGCCAGGCUGCUCUGAGACUCUGCAGUUUAGUUUGCCCAACCACGGGGACUCCAUCCUCAGCAAAAUGAAUGAUCUGAGAGAAGAACAUCGCUUUUGUGACAUCACGCUCAUCUUGGGCAGGCCACAGGACUCUACUGUCCAUCCUCUCCAGUUCCAAGGUCACAGAGUGGUGCUUGCAGCAUCCUCAGACUUCCUGCGUGAUCAGUUCCUGCUUCACAAAGGCCGAUCAGAGCUGAGUGUGGCUGUUGUUUCCAACGUGAAGGUUGCCAAGACACUACUCCUGUCCUGCUACACAGGGUUCCUAGAGGUCCCUCAGAGAGAACUGGUGAGCUACUUGACUGCAGCCAGUGUACUCCAGAUGAGCCAGGUGGUGGAGAAGUGUGUCCAAGCUAUUUCACAGUACCUCAGUCCCACCACGCCUUUCUCGAAUCUGACUAGACUGUCAGAGGAGAAGGAAACCCAGCAGCUCAGCAGCAGGUGGCUUGGUUCCAGCUUUGAUAAUCAGAAGGAAAGGGAUGCAGCCCUGCCCGACGCUAUCAUCCACAAAACAAAUAGCAAGGAAGUUGGAACAGUCGUGGUAAACCCCAGGUUGACAGCCGGCCAAGAAGCCAAGGUGGAUACUAUAGGACUGAGAGAGCUCAGAGAAGCUAAAAUCGACUUAUCUCAAGAUGCAGCAUGUUGUCUUGACAUGCUGAGGUCGGGCAAAGGAGGAGAUGCUCUGCCAUGUUACACAAGCAACCCAUUAUCUCAUGUUCCUCACACUGCAGGUAAUCCGCACCCUUCUGCAGUUUUACAUGACCUAAUUUCCUCCACAGCCACCAUGAUCAGUUCUGCAGCUGACACAGAACUGGUAAAUAGUUCCAAAAACCAACACGAACAAGAUGUUAAAGAUUCACCAGAAGAAGAAAAGAAGUACAUGCCACAGGCAAAUCAACUGCAACAAAGUGGAAAGCUAAGGAACUCUAGUCACUUUUGCCACCCUAAAACACCUCUGUCCAAGAUUCAUUUUACUGCAGAUAACUCGGAUACAGUAGUGUUCCAAAAGCCAUACCUAUGCAGAAAGUGUGACAAAGUCUUUCAGCACUUUGAGAGCUAUGUGGGCCACCUGAAGGAACACAGACAGUAUUUCUGUUUGGUCUGUGGAAAAGUCUUUUCUCAGAAGAAUAAUCUGACUCACAUAGGUAUCCACACUGGUUUUAAGCCUUUCAGAUGCCCUCUGUGCCACAUGACAUUUACCCAGAAGGCCAUGCUGCAACACCACUUCAAUCUCCAUACAUGGGAGAAAGCCCCUUGA